AUGAUAGAGCGCCUUCACAGACAACUAAAAGCUGCAAUCCGCUGCCACGAAAAUUCACAGAGGACACGUGUUUUACCUACGGUCUUACUCGGUAUUCGCUCAGCCUGGAAAGAAGACUUGAAGGCCACUGCUGCAGAGCUCGUAUACGGCGAAACCCUCCGACUCCUAGGUCAGUUCCUUACACCUAGUACAACAAACGAAAGAGACAGCGCAGCCUUCCUACAAGAACUACGUGGAUACAUGCAGCAAUUAAGGCUAUCCGAGCCCAAACGUCACGGCACAGACAAAACCUUCGUUUUUAAAGACUUGGCAACGGCACAGCAUGUCUUUGUUCGACACGAUGCUGUAAAAACGGCACAUGAAAUGCCAUACGAUGGUCCAUACCCCGUCGUAAGCCGUAACGAAAAGUUUUUCGUCGUACACAUAGGCGGCAAGCAAAAAGCGGUAUCAAUCGACCGUUUAAAACCGGAAUUUGUCAUUAACGAACACCUGACAUAUGGAGGAACAAACAUCACCCUUGAGCAGCCAUCCAAUCUAGUGAUACCACCGCAACCAGCAGUGCAACGAAUAAAAACACCACCACCUCUGCAAGCACCGAAUAAUCAACCUCAGCAACUUCGUCGGUCCCAAAGGCAGGUGAAAUUCUUCGACCGAUAUCAAGCAGGUUUCUCAUCGUGA